AGCUUAUAAUACAGCUGAAGCUGGAGCAGACCGUCCAUUGCCUCCUGAAUGAGUGCCACAGGCAGCUGUGUAACCUGCCCUCCAUGCGAGGCAGCCUGGCUACCCUGACCCUUCUUGGCAAGUUGGUAGAUGCCAUCCCGGCUCUGGCAGACAAGCUUGUCACAGAGCAUGGCAAUCUGCUGGAACAUCUGUUGAGAGGUCUGCUAUACCCCAACGAGGGGGUGCAGGCUUCCGUCUGUUACAUCUAUGGGAAGCUGUAUGCAGCACCAGUGGCAGCCGAGAAGCUUUCAGGCCAUUUCCGGGAGAAGCUGUGUCCCUUCAUCCUUUCCACCCUGGAUGGUGCCCAGACAAAGGAGCUACAGAUCAACUGUUUGGGUUUGCUGAGGCAGCUGCUGAAAUAUGACAUCUUUAUGACCAUGAUCAUGAACAAGUCAGCAGUGCCAGAAAGUGCUGAGAACGUGGAGGGUUCACCACGAGAGACCUCACUGCCUUUGGUGCUGAAAAAGCUUCUCCUGUCUAGAGAUGAGACUCUGCAGGUGGCCAGUGUCCACUGCAUAACUGCAGUGCUGGUCCACUCCCCAGCAAAGCAUGCUCUGGCCUUCAUCCAUGCCGACAUCCCAGAGUUCCUCUUUGAGCAUCUUUCCUCUUCCAGUGAAGUGCUCAUCUGGUCCAUCUACAGCUGCUUGAUACUCCUGGCAGAAGAGCCGCUCUUCUUCUCCAAGUGCCACACGGUGUACGGCAUUGAGUCUGUGGUGAGGAGCCUGCAGGUCAGCCUGAAGAUGAACAACAUGGAGCUGCACAAGCAGGGCCUGCUGCUCUUUGCUGAGAUCCUGACUCGGCAGCCAAAGGAGAUCAAGCUGUUCUCAAACUCAGCCAUGUGCCGAGAUGCAGGCUGUGCCUUGCGAGAGGCAGUGAACAGCCCAGUGCUGGAGGUGGCAGCUGAAGCCGUGAAAGCCAUUGCUGCAUUUUUGAGGAAGGAUCACCAGAGCUCACCACCAGUGCAGUACAGGGCCCUGCGGACCCUGGUGGAAGCCAUGCUGAGUCGGUGUGCAGAUUUCUCCCAGACUCCACUGAACAGAAGACCACUGGGCCACGCCUCCAGCAGAGACUCGGAGAAGGCCCUUUUGCGCAGGGGAAAGUUCCUCUUGGACACUCUGGAGGGCUUUCGAAAUGCCUGCAGGUUGGCUGUGGAAUUUCAGAGUGAGCCGUCAGCCCAGGAGAACCCGUUCACAGCUCCAAGCGCCGAGAAGGAAGACACCUUGGAGGCCUUCUCCGAAUUUCUCCUCAGUGCCUGUGAUUCCUUGUGUGUCCCUAUGGUGAUGAGGCACUGUGAGCAGGCCACCCACCCAGCCCUGAUGGAAGUUUUCCUCUCAACUCUAGACAGUAUGUUUAUCAUUGUUCCCCGCAUGAAGGAGAAGUUCUCCAAGAAGCUUGCUUCCUCGUCCUUCAUACGCCUCACCCUGGAGCUGAAAGCCAGGUUCUGCAGUGGCCUGAGACACUCAGCUCUAAAUCAGGUCUGUUCCAGUUUCCUCUACUCCAUGUGCCUCAGCCUCCUCUCUACUUUAGAAAAGACAAGACCACUUUCCCAAGAAGAAUUCUCUGAUGUGUCUGAGCUGUUACAGCUUGGGCUGCCCCGGAUAAGCAGCAGGAGCCCAGAAAGCCUGGCCUUCCUAUCCGACCGCCAGUACAUGGAGAGAGCUGCGCGUGAGAGACAGUACUGCAUCUUGCUCCUCUUCUACCUGGCCUACGUCCAUGAGGACAGGUUUGUUUCUGAGGCAGAGCUGUUUGUGGCUGUGCAGAGCUUCCUCUUGUCGCUUCAGGACCAGGGAGAGCACCCCCCACCGGUGGUCUUCAAAGCCUCCAUCUAUCUGCUUGCAAUCAGCCAGGAUAAGGACGACAUGCUUGAUGAGGCUACAGUCAGUGCCAUCAGAAAAUUCCUAGAGGGCCUCCCGGACCUGCACCUGGUCUACACCCACCACACCCCCUUGGUCAGACUCUUCCUGCUGUAUCCGGAGCUAAUGAGUAGGUUUGGGCACCAAGUCCUGGAACUUUGGUUCUCCUGGGAAGAGAUCAGCUGUGAAGAACUGGACUUCAUCCCUUCUGCUGAGCAGCCCACCCUUCCUGACAGCUUGGCAUCCUUGUUCCUCAUCCUCAGGAACAGCCCCAGCAUCCUGCUCAUCCUGCUGGACCUCAUCUAUUCCAGCCAAGUGGACACAGCCCGGAAGGUGCUGAUUGUCCUGAGAACCUUUCUGAGGAAGAAUGAAGAUAUCCAAGUGGGUGGUCUCAUGCGCGGCCACUUCCUGCUAAUACUUCAGCAUCUACUGGUGGAGUAUGAGUCCCCCUCAUCAGUCUCGGAGAACCUGCCUCUGCUGCUCAGCCUCCUCUCCUUAGUGCAGCUGAGGAGCUCAUCGGAGCAAGAACUGGACAGCAUGGCCAUGAAGCUGCUUCACCAGGUAAGCAAGCUGUGUGGAAAAUGCAGCCCCUCGGACAUGGACAUCCUCCAGCCCUCCUUCAACUUUCUCUACUGGAGCCUCCAGCAGACCACCCUGGGCAGUCGGCAAAGAGCCGCAGCAGUGCUCCUGAGCUGCACCACCCUACUGGGGCUCCUGGAGGAGCUGCUGGUGCUCACCUGGGCAGAGGAGGACUCUCCUCCAGCGCUGCUCUGCUCUGCCUGGCUGCUCACCGCCUCCCUCUGCGCCCAGCAGCACAGGAGCAAUUUACAGGUUCACCAGACCCUGUGUGUGGAGCUGGACCAGGUAUUGGCAGUCCUCAGCUUUCCCAGGAAACAAGCUGCACUGCUCUCAGCUUCCGUCGCUCGCUUUCUACGCACUGCCCUUCAGCAGAGCUUCUCCUCGACCCUGGUGGCCCUGGUGCCAUCAGGGACCCGGCCCCCGUCAGCCCCUGAGGACAUGGUGCUGGCGCCACUGGGCACAUCACAAGUGCUGUCCCUGCUCAUUGGACUGCAGAACCUUCUGGUGCAGAAAGACCCUCUGCUGUCUCAGGCCUGUGUCGGCUGCCUGGAGGCCUUGCUGGACUACCUUCACGCCAGGAGCCCGGAUAUUGCCCUCCACGUGACCUCCCAGCCCUGGAACCGGUUUCUGCUGUCCACCCUCUUGGAUGCAGGGGAGAAUUCCUUCCUCAGACCCGAGGUCUUGAGGCUCAUGACUCUGUUCGUGCGGUUCCAGAGCAGCUCUGUCCUCUCCAGUGAAGAGGUGGCACAUAUUCUGCAAGCCGCAGCUUCGGCCAACAUGUCUACACUCUCGAGGACCGCCCUUCAGGCUCUGCGUGGCUUCUUCUUACAGGUCUUGAACAUGGACCUUCUUCCGAUUCUGGCCUUCCUUCUUGCCCUGGGACUGUCUGGGACGGGCACCAUGGGGACCUUGAGGACCUCCCUGCACCCAAGCCUGGAGAUCUACAAGAAGAUGUUUGAGGUGAAGCGCCGGGAGCAGCUGCUGGCUCUGAAGAAUCUGGCGCAGUUGGAUGACAUCCACCAGCAGUAUAAGAUCCUUGAUGUCAUGCUCAAGGGGCUCUUUAAGGUGCUGGAGGACUCUCGAGCGGUGCUUGUGGCUGCAGACGUGCUCCCGGAUGGGCCCUUCCCCCAAGAUGAGAAGCUGAAGGAUGCGUUCUCACAUGUGCUGGAGAACACGGCCUUCUUCGGCGACGUGGUGCUGCGCUUCCCCAGGAUCGUGCAUCACUACUUCGACCACAACUCCAACUGGAACCUCCUCAUCCGCUGGGGCAUCAGCUUCUGCAACCAGACGGGCGUCUUUGACCAGGGGCCCCACUCGCCUAUCCUCGGCCUGAUGGCGCAGGAGUUGGGGAUCAGUGAGAAAGAGUCCGACUUCCAGAACCCAUUUAAAGUAGACCACACGGAGUUCAUUCCCAGCACCGACCCUUUCCAGAAGGCCCUGAGAGAAGAAGAGAAACGCCGGAAGAAGGAGGAGAAGCGGAAAGAGAUCCGGAAAGGCCCUCGCAUCUCAAGAUCCCAGUCUGAGUUAUAGCGCCGGCACAGCUCAGGACCCAAGGGUUCGGGAGGAGGCCAAGCUGAGGAAAAGGCCACAGCCGUGUGGCCGAGGUACAGCAGCAACUGUGUGAGCUCUUCAAUAAAGCGGAUGAAUCUGCACAAGUGUGAAGAAUAUGGUCUUACUUCCAGCUCACAGAUGACAACACUGAGGCAGAGAACAUUUUCUUAACCAGCCUCAGGUCUGGUUGAGCGGGUGGGAUAUGGACCUGUGCACUCUGGAAUGGAGAGCACCACGCGAUGCUGCCCUGCACACUCACUGGAAACUUCUUCUUUGUCAACAGUACGUUAUGAGUCUUUUCUUGUCAAUAAAUACACGUGUGUGUACGUAA